GACGAUGAUGGUUCCGGCGAGGGUUCCUCUGAGCAAGCCUCUCAGGAGGACACGGCCUCGGAGGAGCUUCCGGAGUCUUCCGCCUCGGCCUUGGGUUCCGAGAGCGAAGGUGGAGACUGCAGCGAGGCUGCAGACGAGGACGACAGCGAGGAUGACGCAUCCUCGGCGGCCGAGUCGUUGUCGUCGUCGGAGAAGCCCGCCAAGAAGCAGAAAACCGAGAAGCCGGAGAAGGACCGCAAGAACGAGAAGCCGGACAAGAGCGAGAAGAAGACCGAGAAGCCCGACAACCGCGAGAAGAAGACCGAGAAGCCGGACAACCGCGAGAAGAAGACCGAGAAGCCGGACAGUGCGAAGAAGACCGAGAAGCCGGACAGUGCGAAGAAGACCGAGAAGCCGGAGAGAUCCGACGACUUGUCAAGCCGCCGCAAGGAGAAGAAAGAGAAGAAGGAGAAGGAGGCCCUGGCUGUCCAGAAGCUGACGCCGACCGCUGCGGCCGCGAUCGGCAAGGCCAUGGUUUGUGCCGGGGAGACUACGGAGCAGGGUGCUGCUGAUCUUGCAAGUGCCAACAGCAGCCUCGUCAUCAAAUUGUCUGUGUGUGGCCUGAAGAAGCGUGAGAUCGAAAAGAAGUACCCCGCGGAGAAGGCAAAGGCUUUGAUCGACCGGCUGCUGAAGAAGAAAAUGUAUGAGGAAGACGAGGACUUCCCCGGGGACGAGGAAGAGUACUUCUUCUACGUGAGCGGCGGUGCGAAGAUGCGGCGCGAGUCGAAGACUACCGAGUCGUUGGGCCUGAAGGUGAAAGACAACGCCCCCGAUAAGGGCCUCGUGGACGCCUUGACGGGCGAGGGCGGCUUGCUGGCAUCCGGGGCCCUUCCGACCAUGGAGGGCAUGAAUGAGGAGGGAUCGAAAAACCUCCUGAAUGCCAUGGUGAAGGACGGUGUGGCCAAGCCGAAGCCUGCAAAGACCAGGACGGAGGAGGAUGUGGAGAAGCUGGCUCCCAAGGAGCCAUGGGAGCUCUGCCAGGAUCGCAUGAAUGAGAUCCUGAACGAGAGCGCUUCCUCGAGGAAGUACGCCUUAAGCUUGGCCCACAUCGAUUACAGUGGGGAUUUGUCUUCCGACCUGCAGAAGCACUCUUCGAAAUUGGAGAGCAUCUACACAAAACUCCAAGGCCUCAAAAAGGCCAACGUGCAAAAAAACUCCAAGUACACCAAGUUCUACGAGAUCAUCGACGCGAUGCACGCAUGGUAUGAGAAGGCCGAGGCGCAGUAUUUUGUUUCGGGGUGGGUGUGGGUGUGGGUGGUGUUCUGGGUUCGUAAGUGA